AGGGCAGAGAGCAGCUAUGCCGGAGCGGGCGAGCUCACGAAUCUUUAGACCUCCUUGCCUCGGACUGCAUGUUCCAGGGGACAAAGUGGGGGCUCAGCGUGUGGAAGACACUGACAGUCCUCACACAGCGGGCCUCGACCGGCGCGUUGCUGACCGCGCACCCCACCCACCCUACCGGCUGCUUCCACACCCACUUCCUGCUUCAGAGCUGACCCUAGGAAGCAUUCUCUGGCUCUCCGAGCCUCAAUUUCCCCUUUGUGUGUGCACUGGGGCAGGACUUUCCUUUUAGCUGACCAGGAAGGUGAGAGGGAGAGAAGGACGCCCCGACUCCGCCCUUCCUAGCCCGCCCUGCUCCCCGCAGCCCGGAGAAGGAACUCGGCACUGGCCCUUUAAGCCCCGCCCGGGAGCGCCAUUCCGGAAUCGCAGGCCGGGAGGAUCGGGUCACCGCGCGUCUCUUCCCUUCCUUGGUCCCGUGAUCCGAUCCGGAGAAUGAGCCGCAUCUACCAGGACAGCGCGCUUGGGAACAAGGCGGUGCGCAGCGCUCAUUUUCCGGGAGCCUGGGACCCCUCCGCUCACCAGGGGGGAAAGGGCGUGCUGGUGGAGGGAGAGCUGGUGGAUGUAUCUCGACACAGCAUCGUGGAUGCCCACGGCAGGAAGGAGCGCUACUAUGUGUUGUAUAUCCGGCCUGGCCGCAUCCAUCACCGAAGAUUCGACCCCCAGGGGAAAGAAAUCGAGCCCAACUUCAGCGCCACCAGGAAGUUACGGUUGCAUGCUGUGUCUGCAGAGGUGGAAGCCAAGGGGGACACCGACCUGCUCACACCCGAGGCGCUGAAGAGACUGGUGAAUAAGCCCGAGCUGCUACCACUGACCGAGAGCCUCACACCCAACCAGACAGUGGCCUUCUGGAUGCCCGAGGCAGAGAUGGAGGCAAUGGAGCUCGAGCUGGGGGCCAGGGUGCAGCUGAAAACACGGGGUGAUGGCCCCUUCCUAGAAUCAUUAGCGAAACUGGAGGCUGGAACCGUGACCAAGUGUAAUUUUGCUGGUGACAGAAAGACAGGGGCAGCCUGGACAGACAACAUCAUGGCUCAAAAGUCUUCACAGGGGGCUGUGGUGGAGAUCCGAGAGGAAGGAGAUGGGGCAGAGGACGAGGAGUGGGAUGACUGACGUCUUGGGCCACGCAUGCCUCUGGUCUGCUGCAUCUUCUAUAGCACCCUUGGGAAUUUUCCCCCACAAUCUUCCACCCUGGAGCUGGAUAGAGCCGGCCAGCAAGCCUUACCUGAUUCUUCCUAUGGCCAUCUCUGUAAACCUUUUAGCUCAGCCGAAAUCAAAUCCAAGACCCUGACAUUGGCCAAGGGACCCCGGGCUCUGGCUUGUGGGGCAGGGGAAUCCUCUUUGGAUGCAAGUCUUAGCCUCCUUGGACAUUUUCCCUUGGCGGCAGCCUUGUUUCAGGACAGUCGGAGAGGACCCAGACUUGGUACAGAUUUGGGGGUACCCCUUGUCUAAAUGCAGAAGUUCCAAGGGAAAUUAGUGGCCCCUCUCUCACUAUUCUUGUUCUUCUCUGCUCACCCUGCCCAGGCCUUUCCUAGCACUGUGUUGCAGCCUCUGCUCUCCUGGCCUCAGCUUCCCCUUUUCCUCCCCACCCCAUGCCUGAGGUGCCAGUUCUUUAUUCCUCUGAUCCACGUCCCAUUGAGGUUCCUGUCCUCUCACCUCCCCUGGCUGUUGUCCUGGUGCAGCUGGCCAGUCAGGGUCUUCAGACUCACUUUGCCUGUCCACGUCUGUUCAUUUUUGUGGUGCUGGGGAUGGAGCCCAGGGCCAAGUACAGUACACACUCAAUAAGCACUAACCACUGAGCUAUGUCCCAAGCCCUGGGCCACAUUUUUGUUAUUGCCUCUGUUUUUGUUUUAUACUCAGAGAACUUUUUAUGAACAAGGAAAUAUUCAAGAAAGAAUUCCCCCACAGAGACUGUGUGCUUGUCAGGUGUUAGUGAUUCCCCCCAGCUGGGAAUCACACCUAGAGGAGGGAAGACAUUUGGCUUUGCCUGUGAACACUGCCUUGCUGGGGAGCGGGCACACACCUGGAUCUUGAUGCUUCCCAGAGUCUCCGUGUCCUGGGUUGAAAUCUCCAUGUCCAUGGCUUGUGGAUCCUGCCUGACCUGGGGAAAAGGGGAAGUGAUGUUGAACUAGUAAUUACUGAGUCACCUUCAUGUUUCUAAUGCAGGGCCAGCUGCUUUCCAGGAUUAACACAGCCACUGAUGACUGAGUUCUACCUGGUACAGUCCUUGGGCUAAAUACUUUAUUCACUGUCUUCCUUAAGUGUCCCACAGUCCUGUCAGGUGCCUGUGAUUAUUAUCUGUUUUUCCAUGUGAAUCUGAAGAUUCAUGCUCCACAGAUAGUCCAUACCAGACGGAGGAAUUUAAGCCCAUACGGAUUUCAAAGCCUACAUUCUUUACUCCUGGACUAAUCUGUUUUCAUGUGUAUAUUAACAGAGGAAAAAAAAGGAGCUCAGUGAGGUUAAGCAACCUGCCUAGUGGCAGAACCGGGACUCAGAUCCAGAGCUGUCAAAGGCACAGUUAUAUGCCUUCUAUUGUCCUCUGCUUCCUUUGCCUACUGAAGGGUCUCACACAAAGGAGCCAGAGGACGUGGGAGCCACUUCACUGGUGUCCUGUGUUCAAAUGGGGGUGACUUACAUGCAACUCAUGCUGGGACCUUGGCCUUGGGGGUAGUCAGGGAGGCAGGUGAACAGGAGGGGACCUGGGGACUUUGAUUUGGGGUAGAGGCUCCCAGAGGGGACACUCUGCUACCCAAAUACUGGAGUCAAGGGGUAUGACAAACUCAGGAGCAGGCCACCAUUCCAAACAAGGAGGCCCAGGGUGUCUGGGGGGAGUCCUGAAAUGACAAAAAGGGCUUGAGGUCUUGGAGAGGCUUCAGGAAGGGAAGAGCCAUUGAAGCUGGAGCUUGGAGGGAGGGAAUGUUUGAGAGGAGGUUGGCAGUGAGGCAUGGGACCUUCAGGCCUGAUAAGGCUUUGGGGACUUUGGCCUGACCACCUAAAAGCUAGUGGGCCUGUGGGGAGGGCAAGGUCUGAUUUGCCUCUUUCAGAGCUCGGAGGAUACCAGACAAAUGGGAGGUGAUGAGCUUAUCAAGAAGUCACUACAGUUGUCUAGGGGAUGGGUGACAGCAGCGACAGGGAAGAUGGGGAGCAGAAGAUAGGAGGAGAAUAAACAGGAGGUGGAGAGAGGAAUGGGUCAAGAAUGCCAUCCAGAUUUGGCAAAGACAGAGGCUGUGGUGGGAAGGUUCUGGGCAACCAGCCCUCUGUGCAGAAGCCCAGUUUAUCCCAGAAGUGGAGGGAGCUAAAAUCAGCCACUUGGGGAAGGGAAAUCCAAGUGGACCGAGGAUGACAGCAGGGCUCCAGGCUAGCAGGUAGGGAAAUUGAGGUAAGAUCCUCUUCCCCAGGAUAAGGACGAGAGUAGGGAAAACCGCUACGUCUCAGAGGUGGUGUGGGGACUCAGGACUCAUCCUGGCACUGUGGAUAGGAAUAAAAGGCCCAUAAUUUUAUUCAGUCAUGUUCAUAAUUUUUGAUGUUUUUAAAAAAUAUGCCUACAUAUAAAAUUGGAUAUUACUUGUUCCAUUAAUGUUAAUUGCUUCAUAUUGCUGUAGUCUUCACACGUGUGUGUGUGUGUGUGUGUGUGUGUGUGUGUGUGAGAUUGGGAAUGAAACCCAGGGCCUUGUGCAGGUGAGUCAAAGGCUCUAACACUAAGUUACAGCUCCAGUCUCUUAUUAUCUAUUUAUUUAUUUCUUUCUACCGGGGAUCAAACUACCUGUGCUUGCGAGGCAGGUGAGG